AGGCGAGAUAAUUAAUGAGAGAACGGCAAUUUCCAGAAGCACUUUUUCGAAUUGGCAAAUCAAAAUCACAAACACAGCUGAUUGCAAAUGACCAACUGUGGCGUAUCACAAUGUAAACAAUCAAUUGACGUUUUACUUUAACGAACUUUAUAUUUAAUAAUCAUCUAAACGUACUUACGAAAUGUACUGAUAAAUUUGAAAUGUUUGCGGUGGGAUGGGAAUAUUGCGUUUAUUACAUUGCAAAAUGCAUCUUGCACCAUCGAUUUUAUAACAAAGACAUCGUCUUUGAAUUACGCAAUAUACGAACACGGAAAUUACGCUCGUAUUUGAAGUAACAAAAGAUAAUCUAUAAACGUAAUUAAAAAUUCACUUUUACAAAAAUAGCUGGAAAUUUCAUUCAGCUGUGAAGAAUUGCAGACUUUCCGCUGCGUCUCACAUUUGCAACCCCGCGCAAGUGUCAGACUGCAAGUCAGUGCGGGUAUGUUGACCAAGUUGACAGCCAAUAGCGGCCAAUAAUACGUUAGUGAAUUGUAUCCAGGAGAAAUGUAUGGUGGCUGUGUGAAUUUGAACAUGAAGUGAGAAUGGUUAGCGCAUGUCGGAGAUUGGAGUUACGAAUUCAUGAAUAAAUACUGUGGAGGUCAAUAGACACGGUAAUACGAAACCCUAUCUUCGUUUGGUCUUGUGUCUCUUUCAUGCUUCAAACACAAAUCAUGGCUCGAUACUGGAAUCAGGAUAUAUUGGGCAUUCUGCGAGGUGCUCAAAAUGUAAUUAAUGCAAUGGUGAAACAGCAAGAAGUGCAGUGCAAGCAGAUUUGGGAAAAUUCAAGUGUGAAAAGCAUUGUUGAAGAAACCAGCAGUUCGGUAAACAGAGGAGUAUGUCAAAGCUUAUCACAGGGCAGCAUUCAGAAUGAUUCAUCAGAAAGGCUGCAAGAAAUCUUCCAGAGAACAUCAAUGGUAUAUGAAGGCAUAAAGGGCUAUGUAAGAUUUUAUGGAGGUCAUAAGGUGUCACAUAGUCAGCCAGAAGCUGAUACUGAUAAUUCUAAGCUGCACAGCAAUAUUCUCCCUGAAGCCACAAAAUAUGAACAGAGUAAUAAAUACAUGCCCAAGGAAGCAGAACCUGCAAACAGUAAAAAUGGUUUUUCACAGAUUGGUUUAUUUGCCAGCAGAGUGCCAAAGCAAGAUUCUUGUUCUAAUACUGGAAACCAGGAACACAGUGUGACUCUACCUGAGUCAGUAAUCGAGCCACAGGAUAUUCAUGUACCAAUACCACUGGUCCCCAAGCACGAUAAUUUGGAAACUGCAGUUUUGUCUGUCAAGGAUGUAAGCACAACCAAGGUGCAGAUGAAAAGGAAGCAAACGCUUAGUGAAACAGCCAAGCAGAGGAAGGUACCAUCAUCUCGAAUUGCUCGCAUGGUAUCAUUUGGUGGCUUGGCAGCAGGGUUGGGGAUUGGUACAGUGGCUGAAGUAACUAGAAGAUCUUUAGGGCUAACAAAUGAAGAGCCAAGUGUAGGAAGAGCACUUGAUAGUGUUUUCUUAUCUGAAGCAAAUGCUGAAAGGAUUGUCAGCACUUUAUGCAAAGUCAGAGGUGCUGCACUGAAACUUGGGCAGAUUCUGAGUAUCCAGGACAAUACAAUUAUCAAUCCAACAUUGCAGAAAGCAUUUGAGCGUGUGAGACAGUCUGCAGAUUUUAUGCCUGCUUGGCAAGUGGAGAAAGUGUUAGAAUCUGAACUUGGGAAAGACUGGCAGUUACAAGUGACAACAUUUGAGCCAAAACCUUUUGCUGCAGCCUCCAUUGGUCAAGUGCAUCUUGCAGUGCUUCCUGAUGGAAGAGAAGUGGCAAUGAAGAUUCAGUACCCAGGAGUUGCAAGGGGCAUUGAAAGUGAUAUUGACAAUUUAGUUGGAAUUCUGAAAAUAUGGAAUGUGUUUCCAAAAUCCCUGUUUAUUGAUAAUCUCAUCACGGUAGCAAAGAGAGAACUUGCUUGGGAAGUGGAUUAUGAGCGUGAAUCAGAAUGCACAAAAAAAUUUCAAGAAUUAUUGGUGCCUUAUCCUGAAUAUUAUAUACCACAUGUUAUAGACAAUCUCAGCACAAAACAGAUCUUUACAACAGAACUAGUGGAGGGAAUUCCAGUGGAUAAGUGUGUGGACCUGGACCUGGAGACAAGGAAACACAUCAGCAAACUUGUGAUGGAACUCUGCCUAAAGGAACUGUUUGAGUUUCGCUACAUGCAGACUGACCCUAAUUGGUCUAACUUCUUUUACAACCCAGAAACUAGGCAGUUGAUAUUGUUAGAUUUUGGUGCUUCACGACCAUACAGCAAGACUUUCACUGACAUGUACAUUGAGAUAAUACGCGGUGCAGCUGACGGUGACCAAGACAGAAUCCUUCAGAUGUCUCGUGAUAUUGGGUUUCUAACAGGAUAUGAGUCCAAGAUCAUGCAAAAUGCCCAUGUCGAUGCUGUGAUGGUUCUUGGUGAAGUGUUCCAAAAGUCAUCUGAACCAUUUGAUUUUGGAUCCCAAGAUAUGACACGUCGCAUCCAGCUUCUAGUUCCCACCAUGGUCAAGCAUCGCCUUUGCCCGCCUCCAGAGGAAAUCUAUUCCCUACACCGGAAGCUCUCAGGAGUUUUCUUGUUAUUAGCCAAGCUAGGUGUAAGAAUGGAAUGUAAAUCAAUGUUUGAUAAAGUGUAUGAAACAUACAAGAAUGGAUAGUGGAGCCAUGUUUUAUGCCUUUCCAGGAGAAUGAAGGUCUACAUUUAUUAACGAUGUAGUGGAAUAUGUCCUAUUUCUUGUUGAAUGAAAUUCCAUGAUUCAACAUUCUGUCUCCAUGAAGUGCCUUUUUGUGUCAUGGGUAAGUGAAUGAUCAUGUUUCCUUCUGUCAGUUCUGCCUAUUUGAUGACAUGGAACAUUAUACAAACGUAAUUAAAUAAAUGUUUUUAAAUUUUCUGCAAA